AUGAGUGGGCGUUGGAGGGGAUGCGUCACCUGGCCAGCAUCAGCAUGGAGGACUGCACGGUGCCAGACAAGAGCCAGGGGGUGAUCAGCUGUCUGGAGGGGUACCGCCGGCAGCACCCCCCGAUCCCCGACCCCCGUUUCCAGGAGAUGAAGGAGCUGGCUGGGGAGAUGAAGAGCGAGCAGGGCCUCAAACAGUGGAAGUUCGCCUGGUCCAAGUGCCAGGAGACCAAGCAGAUGUUUGAGAAGAAGCUGGAGGCCGCUCUGAGGACGAGGCGAGCCCUGCCCACGGGGGGAGAGUCACCCGGGUCGGGUACAGCGGGUGCAGGGAAGGACGGCGGGGUAGGGGACGCCACCCCCAGACGUUACUCUGACGUUAACAACGACGUGGGACAGGAGAGGAGCCGCAGUGUGUCACACGCCUGUAGAAAGGCCUUUAGUGGGGUGUGGGGGGUCAGAGAGAGGCUGUCCUCCACCCCCAGCUCUGCCUCAGCUCAGUCGGCCUGCAGCCUCAGACAGGAGACGCCCCUAACCCCCUCUCCCUACGGUCUGGUGCACAGGCUCCCCCUCACCCCCCAACACACCCCCCUCUCCACCCAGCUCCUCACCCGUAGCACCUCCUCCGAGGAGUCGUCCCACGGGGUUCCUAUUCAAGCGCAGGGCCGUAGCUCCUCCUGUUCCUUCUCCCCCUGCCUGACCCCCCUGGAGCCGAGCUCCGCCCCUAACCCUGCUCGCCGACCCCCGCUCCGCAAGACCCAGAGCUUCGACUGCCAGAGCCCCGCCCCCGCCUCCCCUGACUCCUCCCGCUAUGGGACCUGUCAGCGUACGCUGAGCGAGCCGGCGCGGCGCGGCAACACUGGGGUGUUUAUUAAAGGCCUGGAGGUCAGUAGUAGGGAGGUGGCUGAGCGACCCUACUCCCCCAGAAUGACGCCUCCUGGCUGGGCAGCGGGAGAGGCACUGAGGACCCCCUCCAUCAGCGCUACCAGUAGUCCUGUACCAGAGACCCGCGCCAAGGGCAGUAAACUGCGUCACAUCGUGGAUGAGAUGGUGACCACGGAGAGGGAGUACGUGCGUUCCCUCCGUUACAUCAUCGAGCACUACUUCCCCGAGAUGGAGAGAGGAGACCUCCCGCAGGACCUCAGGGGAAAACGCAGCGUCAUCUUUGGGAACCUGGAGAAGCUUAUGGACUUCCACAGCCAGUACUUCCUCAAGGAGUUGGAGAGCUGCUGCAACCACCCUCUGAGGGUGUCACACUGCUUCCUACGACACCAAGACGCGUUCGGCCUGUACGCUCUGUACAGUAAGAACAAGCCUAGGUCUGAUACGCUGUUGGCCAGCCACGGAAACAGCUUCUUCAGGAACAAGCAGCUGAAGCUGGGAGAUAAGAUGGACCUGGCCUCCUACCUGUUAAAGCCCAUCCAGAGGAUGGCUAAAUACGCUCUCCUCCUCAAAGACCUGAUCAAGGAGGUGAGCGAGGCGCAGGAGACCGAACUGGGCUACCUCCGAGCCGCCGCGGAGAUGGUCAAGUUCCAGCUGCGUCACGGCAACGACCUGCUCGCCAUGGACGCCAUUCGAGACUGUGACGUGAACCUGAAGGAGCAGGGUCAGCUGGUCAGACAGGAUGAGUUCUGGAUCUGGUACGGCAGGAAGAAGUGUCAACGCCAUGUCUUCCUGUUUGAAGACCUGGUGCUGUUCAGUAAACCCAAACGCAUCGAAGGAGGACUGGACGUUUACAUCUACAAACACUCCUUUAAGACGGCAGACGUGGGGAUGACAGAGACGUCUGGGGACAACAGCCUUCGUUUCGAGGUCUGGUUCAGGCGCAGGAGCAGUAAGAACCAGACGUAUGUCCUGCAGGCCUCCAACACAGACAUCAAACACGCCUGGACCACCAACAUCGCACGCAUCCUCUGGCAGCAGGCUACCCGGAAUAAAGAGAUCCGUAAUCAGGAGAUGGUUUCCAUGGGAGUGGGUAACAAGCCGUUCCUGGACAUUAAACCCAGUGAUGCUGCGAUCAACGACAGGGCUAUAGACUACAUCAUGAAGGGACGAGGUAACCACUAA